GAAGACUCGGGCGGAGGAGGCGUCCUGCCCGGAGCCCUGUGGCGGCAAGCGCAAGGCGGAGAACCUCGUCAUCCUCGAGGAGCCGGUGAACAGGGCGAGCGCCUUCAUGAAGCUCCGCGGCACCCGCAAGCUGAUCCUGGAGAGCGGCUACAGCCUCUUCGAGACCCUCGGCUUCUUCCUUGUGCGGGAGCGCGGUGGCCACAUGACGGUGGGCUGGCGCGACAGCACGAUCCCGGGCGGCUUCGCUGGCAGGCGCUUCUCUGGCGUGGACGAGGGGGAUGAGCCUCCCGAGGACUUCUGUGAUGUGCCGCAUGCGUUCAGUUGCACCUCUGCCUUCGCGCACUCCCGGCUGGUCAAGGAGGCGAACUUCGAAGGCUGCCCCGGGAUCGUCAAGGAGUACAACCACAACCGCGACGGCUUCAUCGCGGAUGUGCGUUCUGCCUACGGUUGCUCCCGAGACGUGGCCAAGAGGCUGUUCAUCCGCCUCGGCUUCAUGGGCGG